AUGCCGGCUGAAGAUAUUCAAGAGCAACAUGCACUCAACUGUUUUUACCAAUGGACCAUAAAAUGCUUUCCACCGGAGCUAAUAGCACCAUUUCAAUACCCAGGAAUUCUCCACGAACCCGCACUAAAGCAUGCUAUGGCUGCACUAGGCUUGUUACAUGAAAUCUAUCGACAUAAGAUAACCGGCAAAUUGCAAGUACAAAAGUCUAUGAUAGCCUUUCAACAUUAUGAUAAGGCGAUCAAUUUGCUGUUGACACGACAGCACCCGGAUUUAAACGAGGAUGGCAUUUCUGUUACAUUACGUGCAUGUUUCCUCUUUGUAUGUCUUGAGGCUGCCCAAGGCCACCAUAAGUCGGCCCUAAGCCAUCUGCAGACCGGCUUCAAGCUUUUCCAAGAACUCAAAACCGAAAGACUGUCAAACAAUAAGAAUAAUCCAGCAAACUACUUUGAAGAGUCUACGAUACGUUCCCUUUUUGUUCGUCUACUAUGCCAACUUACCAACUUUGAUUCAUCGGAUUGCGCGCGAUUCUUUGGCCUGCCUAACAUUGCAUCUGGCGUGAUACCCCAGAGUUUCGUCGACCAUGAUCAGGCACAAACUAGCCUUUUUGCAAUUACGGAAAAAAUAAUUCACAAACGAAGUCUAUGGAUGUGUAAUUUUAAUCAUAUCAGUACUACCGUCAACAAAAAAGAGCCUCAACCUAUGAAUAAAGAUGCUAUCAGCUGUUUAGCUGAUGAGAUUCUCGAAUUAGACAGAUGGAUUCUAGCAUUCAAUCUUUAUCUAAGUCAUGGAAUUCCUGUCUCGCGUAUAUGCGACUCUUACGUGCUUGGCAUAUGUGGGUUUUUUCUGAAAUUCCGUACUACCAUGGAAUACCGCCGCCAUUUAAUGAAUGACAUGGGGAAACCCCUAGACAUUGAUUUCUCGCACAUAGCGAGUCUUGGUGAGAUUCUCGUUAAUGAAGACAAAACCUUAUCAAUGUAUCGAGGUAAACCGACUGUGGAUGUCAAUGGGGAUCGUAAAGAAAUACAAUGUCCGCUCCAUCGGCUUUUUGUUGAUCGUGACAUGCCACAGCCAACAUCCGACAAAGAACCCUCUAGUGGUGUCUGCUUUCAGAGCGACGGGCCUUUUCUCUUCCUAGCUAUCCUCUGA